UUUACGGUUCUCAUGGUAUUUAUUAGUCCCGCCUCCUGCGUCCAGCUCGGACACUUUGAGACAAACAGAGACGCAGAAACAUGGCAGAAGAAGCUCCAGCAGCUGCACCGGCUAAAGCUCCGUCCAAAUCCCCGAAGAAGAAGGCCGCCGGCCCCAAGAAGGAUGGACCCACACUCCCGAAGCUCAUCGUCGCCGCUGUGGCCGAGUCUAAGGAGCGGAAGGGGAUCUCACUGGCUGCGAUCAAGAAGGUUCUGGCGGCCAAAAAUAUCGAUUUGACCAAGGCAAACAAACGCAUCAACACCGCCAUCACCAAGCUGGUCACUAAGGGGGUUCUGAGCCAGACUAAGGGCACCGGAGCUUCCGGCUCCUUCAAGCUCGCCAAGAAGGAGCCCAAAGUCUCCAAACCGGUCAAAAAAGUGGCCAAGAAGAAGGCUCCCGUCAAAGCUAAGAAACCCGCCGCCGCUAAAGCUAAGAAACCCACAGCGGCCAAGAAGGCAGCAGCUAAGAAGACAGCGGUCAAGAAAUCCCCGAAGAAGGCAGCGGCCAAGAAAGCCGUCAAGAAGACACCGAAGAAGAGCCCCAAGAAGCCCGCCGCUAAGAAGCCCAAAGCUGCAGCCAAGAAGCCCGCAGCAAAGAAAAGUGCAGCCAAGAAACCCAAAGCUAAGAAAACUGCCAAGAAGUGAAGCUGCUUCAUCUCCACUCACUCAUCACCAAAGGCUCUUUUCAGAGCCAACACAACCUCCGCUAAAGACUAAGAGAGCUGCUGCCUCACUCAUCACUACAUGAACACUCAACAUCACUGCUCACAUUUUUAUUUGGUGUGUAACCAAGUCAUUAAAUCUCAAUUUCUUUAUUCCAUUUCUUAGUAACAAACUCCUGGUUAAAAAAACAAAACAAUGAGGGAUGUUUGUAAACUUGUUGACCUUUCAAUCCAAAAAAUCCAAAUAAAUGCUGAUAACGGCAAAAAAAUCAAUAAUCAGAUCAACAGGUUAC